CGAACGCGUAUUGGCCUUUCUCUGUGUGCGUAUGCUCUUGCGCAGGCCGCCGCAGGGGUGUAGAAAAACCUGGUUCGAUGAAUGUGUGUGAAUCAUUGUGAUUGUGGCUAUGACUCCUGAACAAAAAACAAUGAUACACAAUCAUUUUGAAGAAUUGGGCAUGGAAUGUAUGAAGGACUAUGAAAUUUCGGAAAGCGAUAUCAGCGAUCUAAGGGCUAAGCGUACUCCUACUGGAGAGAAAGCACCUUGCUUUUUGGCGUGCGUCAUGAAGAAAGUUGGAGUUCUAGAUGAUUCUGGUAUGCUUCAAAAGGAAACAGCUCUCGACCUCGCAAAGAAGAUAUUCAACGAUAGUGAAGAACUAAACAUUAUUCACGAUUACCUCCAUUCCUGUUCACAUGUAAAUUCUGAAGCUGUGGGUGAUGGUGAAAAAGGCUGUGAACGAGCCAUGAAAGCUUACAAGUGCAUGAUAGAAAAUGCGUCGCAGUUUGGAAUUGAUCUCUAAACAUGGCAAAGAAUUUAACCCAAUACGUUCUGUGACUUGCGACUCCAGCUAAGGACUAUUUAAUUGCCUUUCAUUGCUUUUCAUUUAUGGAUUGCUAUUAUUUUUCAUUCUAUUUCGUUAAUCUAUGUAAAAUAAUAUAAAAUGUUUGAAUUAUAAAGUUGCUUUAUUUUAAUAAUAACAAUAUCAAGGAACAAUAGAAACCAAGGUAGGUAAAUUUUUCAGGAC